AUGUUCAAGCUAGCAACCUCCCUCCCAACCCCCUUUACUCCUCUCUCUCUCUCCCACCUACACGUCCCCCCACCCCAUGACUCCACCUCUUCGUACUCCUCUCCAUCAUCCCCUCCCUCUCAUUCUCGCAGGGAUUUGAGCUUCAACCGUCUCUCUGACUCGAUUACUUCCUCCAUCAGCACCCUCUCUGCCAUUAAGACGCUGUAU